AUGAAAAAAAGUAAAAGAAAAAACAUAGUAAAAAAAAGAAAAUAUAAAAGUGAGAAUGAAAGUGAGAGUGAAAGUGAUAGUGAAAGUGAGAGUGAAAGUGAGAGUGGAAGUGAGAGUGGAAGUGAGAGUAGAAGUGAAUAUAGUGAGAGUAAAGAUGAAUAUAGCGAGAGUGAAAAUAGCAAAAAUAAAGGCAAGAGAGGAGGAGGCAAAAAUACUUUAAACAAAGAAAGAGAAAUUACUUGGAUUCUAUCAAGAUUGCAGCCUAAUGAGCAAUUAGAUCUAAGUAAAACGUUCGAAGAUCAAAUAGAUCUGAUCAAUAAUACCAUAAUUCUAAUAGUUAUGGGAGCUUUAGAUAAAGAAACCUUUCCGAUCAUCAAUAGUGUAAUUUAUCAAAUAUUAUAUAAUCGACAUAGACACAAGAGGGAAGAGUUUCUCAUAAUGCAAAAAUCACCCGAAGAAAUAGAUAGUAAAAAAAGAAGAAGGCAUAAAAAUGGCUGUCGAUAUGCUAAACGACUACGAAGAGAGACAGUUAUUGACCACCUAAUAGAAAUAAAAGAUAAAUUAUUAAAAAAAAUAAGCAAAAAAGAUUUAGAAUUAAUAAAGAAUAAUAAUCGCUAUCACUCUCCGAAGGUUUUGGAAACAGAUAGUGAUGAUGAAUUAACAGAAAGAAAAAUUGUAGUUAAAGACUUGAAGUGGAGAUCAAAAACUCCUAUGCUUUUUCAACCUGUGAUGGUUGGCCCUGAACAAAUACUUUCUGUGCCCAUGCCUUUUCAACAUGUGAUGGUUGAUUCUGAACCAAUGCUCGUACCUGUGCUUUUCUUACUAGUAUUGUUUGGUGAAGCCAUACCUUCUUUGAUCGAUCCUAAUUGUGAUUGCAUGAUUGGUUAUAGGCUUUUUGAAUGGUUUUAG